CAAAAAGCUAAGAGGUAAAAUGGAAAGUCAGAAGAUGUCGGCUCUACCCCCAGACCGGCUUUCUGUAGAUCCACCUUUCACAUACACAGGUCUUGAUGUUUUUGGACCUUUCACUGUGGUGACACGCAAAACAAGAGGGCACAACAUUGAGAACAAGCGAUGGGCUGUCAUAUUCAGUUGCUUGAGUAGUAGAGCAGUUCACUUGGAAGUUAUGGAAUCUUUAUCAGCGUCAAGCUUUAUUUGUGCUUUGAGACAUUUUUUGGCUGUGAGAGGGCCAGUAAAGCACUUUCGAUCAGACAGAGGGACGAAUUUUGUUGGAGCAGGGAAAGAACUCCAAAUCGACAGUGGCGACUCUGAGCUAAAAGGGUUCUUGCAGAAUCAAAGCUGCACUUGGACAUUCAAUGCUCCACACUCCUCUCAUAUGGGGGGUGUGUGGGAAAGAAUGAUCGGGAUAGCCAGACGUAUUCUGGAAGCGCUCUUAGUAAAAUCUGCUACAAGACUCACACAUGAAGUCUUAACAACCUUAAUGGCAGAAGUCAUGGCCAUUAUGAAUUCCCGACCUUUAACCCCAAUUUCUACAGAUGCAAGUAUGCCUCAAAUGCUCUCACCAGCAAUGCUCUUAACUCAGAAAGCAAGUGUUGCCCCAACUCCACCAGGAAACUUUGAGUUAGGACACUUGCACAAAAGUCAGUGGCGUCAAGUCCAGAUGUUAGCAGAUUCAUUCUGGAAGCGAUGGAAGCAGGAGUACUUGUCCACCUUGCAAUCCAGAAGAAAAUGGACUGAGGAGAGAGAUAACAUUCAGGAAGGAGACGUUGUUCUGUUAAAGGAUGGGGAAGCUAAGCGCAGUGAGUGGCCAAUUGGCCUCGUAACAAAAACCGUAGCCUCAUCUGAUGGAAAAGUCCGAAAGGUUAUGGUAAAGACUGCUAAGCAAGGGGCUGUCAGGGAGUACUUAUGGCCUAUAUGUGACGUAGCUUUACUUUUAUCUAGUGAUUAAAAGCAUAGUGGUAUAUGCAAUACACCAGGCGGGGAGUGUACUGUAUGGUGUUGAUUCGUUUGGUAAGCUGUGCAUUGAUUUAUUUAAGUGGUGUAAUUGUGAAAAUGUCAUUGUGCCAUUCUUUAGAACAACCGGAUAUUUAAAAAGUCAUAGAAGAAGAGACUGUGAUCGCCAUGCAGAGACGCGUUGUUGUUUGCUUUUAGCCCUUGUGAUAGAAACGACUGUAAGUUACUAAUUUUAUUUUGAAAACAUCUGCAAUACUUCCUUUGGGUUAAAUUGAUUAAGGAGGGUCAGUGUUGAAAUGUUUAAUGCUUGAUGUUCUGUUUAAAUGCUAACAAGCUUGCAUAUAGAUGCACGUCAUUAAAGUGCCUGGAUUGUUUAUUUAGCUGUUUGAUAUCAGUUUAAAUAUGUCAGUUUAUGUUUACAAAUGUGAAAGAUGUAUAUUAUUUGUGAUAUUUCGUAAUCACUUUGUAAUUUUUACCUUUUGUAUUUUUCCUUUUUAGUUUUACAAGCAAAUCAAGUAAAGGUGCUUCACAUUCGCAAGAA